UUGCAGUUUAACUAACGUUUUAUAUCAUAUCAUUAACUGUACCCCUAAUCAGUUUCACUAUUAUUAUCCUAACAUCAUGGCUUGUCAAUCCGGUAUUCGAGCAAGCGAUAAAUUGCUGAGGUUUUUCAAUGAAUGCAAAUCGGGGAAGAUAAGACUUGCGAAAAUUGUUGUAAAAAAUGAAGAAUUAUGCGUUAAUUUCCAAGGUAAAGGUACAGCUGAUUGGCGUGCCGAUUUCAAACGUCAUUUGCCGGAUUGCAUUGACGCAUUUGAACCAUGCUACAUUUUGUUUCGUGUCGAUGAACCACAUGGUUGGAUUCUAAUGAGCUUUGCUGAUGAUCGUGCUCCUGUUCGUGAGAAAAUGGUUUUUGCUGCUACAUGGGCUACAUUCAAAUCAGAAUUCGGACAAUCCAAUAUCAGAUACGAGUAUCAUGUGACAGAUAAGAAAGAAAUGACAUUGGAAGCAUUUGAGAAAUGGCUUUCGAGUAAGGAAGAUCCUGGACCUAUGUCGGAGCUUGAAAAAGAAUUUUAUAAUGCGCAUCAGGAGCUUAAAGUUACUGCGCCGUCAGUUGUUGCAGCACAAACUGUCAGAGGUGUUUUCUUCCCAGUGGAUCAGGAUGCUGAAGAAGAACUACGAAAGUUAGCUAGUCAUACGCUGAAUUAUGUUCAGUUAGCUGUUGAUACACUGAAUGAAGCGAUCAAAUUGGAAUGUUCAGAAACGUCCAUCUCUCCUGAACAGUUAAAUGAAGUAAUACCUCGAGACAAGCCACGAUAUCACUUCUAUCGUUUCUCUCAUAAAUAUAAUAGUCAGGAUUACGAUAGUCUAUUUUUCAUCUAUUCAAUGCCUUCUUCGGGGUGUACAAUCAAAGAACGGAUGCUUUACUCAAGCUGCAAACAACCAUUUUUACAAGCUGCUUUGUUGGCUGCAAAUCUUUCCCCGGAUAAAAAGAUAGAAAUCGACAGUAAGGAAUUGUUAUCAUCGGAUAUUCUCAUUGAUUACUUUCAUCCAGCUCCACAAAUGAAAGAAAAAAGUUUUGCAAAACCACCGGGACCAUCACAGAGAGGAACACGACGCGUUACGAAAGCAGUCGGUUAAAAUUUUUGCCUUAUUAUUUUGCUUCAUUUGUGUGCUAUGGAAAGUCUUUUCUGUAACUGUUAUUUUCUAGUGCUUUCUGCA